AUGAAACUACAUGCAUUAACAGGAGUAUCAUUGUUCAUAACUGUUGUCUGGUUAUUUGAUCUACGUGUACCCUAUAUGGAGAUAUGGUGUUUUCCAGCCAGACCGAAACCGAUUGGACCAAUUGGAGCACCAUUAGAACAAGAAGAAAGAACACCUGUUGCGCCGGACCCAAUCCCACCAACAAAGCCACUAGAGCCUUUCAAACCUACAGAAGAGACGACUACUUUCCUUGAUAACCCACCAUUUCUACCACCUAAACCAAUACCACACUCUCCAAAAAUUUCUCCAUCGUCAAUACCUAAUCCAAAUCCUAGUGUAACUACUACGAAGCAAGUCGAACCAGGUUAUCCUAAUUACGGAGGAUACCUUUACUCAAUUCCUGGAUACUCAGCGUUUCAACCCGUUUCUUACCCAGGCGUGGUCCAGCCAUCCCAAACAGUGUUACCUCAAACAGAGCCUACCAGUUCCGAAUUCGUAUCCUUUCCAGUAAUUUCAAAUAAAGAUUCAACACCACCGGUGAGCACUGAAGAAACAGUAACAGAGCGAAAAGCAGUUGAAUCGCAGCCACAAAUAGAAGCUCUCAAACCCCAAACAGAUUUCGAAGAAAACUUUACUCCUACAAUAAUACCUGCAAACCCCAUAUCUGAUGAUUCUAAAAAUCAAGUCAGUGAAUCUAAAAUGAAUAUAACAUCACUUACUCAAGGCUCCGGGGCAACUGUUACAAUACCAACGCAACAUAAAGAAGUUAAGAAAAAAUCGAAUGAACGAUUUAGUUUGAAAACUAGCAUACCGAUAAGCAAAAUUGACAUGAAAUGCGUUGGCAACCCACCGGAAAUAUUCCAAGGUGUCAUCAAAAAACCGCCUUUUAAUCCUACAUUUCAAAACUCGAAACUAGAAAACGGAUCUAGGGUUGAAAUUCAAAGCAACAUUGUAAUAAAAAGUGCCCCAAAAGAACCAGAAAUCAAGGAAACAAACGUCAAUCCUCCUUCAGCUGCUAACAGUAUCAGCACUUUAAUAAACGCGGCGGAAAUCAUAAAUAAAUCGGAUAGUCAGUUUCAACAAAAACUUGAUAUUUCAACCGAGUCUAAGGAAUCCCCAUACAUGCCUCAAGUGCCCAUUCCAUCGCCGCGGUCCAUGUUCAACUCAAAUAUGGAAACUAACAAAACUAAUUUUGUAAAUAAGCCCUCUGAUGGGACAAUUAACGAGCAGAAAAAUCAAAUACUAUUAAUACAAAAUAAAAACCCAUCAAAUCCAAAAAUGCUCGUUACUAUUCAACAGCAAAAUCCUCAAGUCUUAUUGCAGAGAUCUGGUUAUGACUCAAAAAACUUGCAAGCUCCUUCACGACUGUCCGGCCAAACAAAAAAAUGUCAAGAAGAAAUUCUCAAUGAUAAUGGAACAUCAUCAAAAGUCGUUGCGUUAAAACGUUUACAUCAGGAAAAUUGUGAUGAAAAUGACUUUGAAAAUUUGAUCACCGAAAAUCAAAUUUACGGUAAUAAGAUUGUCGUGAAGGAAAAAUCUCAAGGUACUCUACAGGAGCAAGACUUAAAGAAUAAAAAACCUCUUGAAAAACCAUCUCAACCAGAAGCAAAAAACGUCGUUCUGCAACCCAAUUUCUUGUAUUUAAGUAAUGUUCAGUUUCCAGCGAAUUUAAUGAUGAUUAAAAACAAUAAGAUUAGUAACGACACAAUUAAACUAAAUAAAACUACAGCAAAUGAAAAUAAGCCCAUUGAUGUAAUAACAACAACAAGUAACGCUGAAUCUGCAAUAAAAAAUACAAAGCCACAACAAUCUGUUGCAGUCAGUAAAGAAAUCCAUGUACUCAAAUCAAGCAACAACGUUCUUCAGACACUUUCAAAUAAAAAUAAAUCAGAUCUAGUAUUUCAAACAUCAAAUCAAAAAGUAAUCAUGAAUUCUCAAAUAGUUUAUCAAGUGCCGAUGAUCGUAGAAACUGACAAAAAACUUAAUCAAACUUUUGUUAAUAGAGAUUAUUCCAAAGCAAUCGGACCAAACAGGACCGAAUUCCAGAAACCAUAUGAUCAAACCAAAACUAACGAUAAAUUGUUUAUUGCGUGUCCAUACCAGAUGGAUUCAAAACUGCAACCAAAGAUUGUAAUUACUAACUUACGGCCAAAAAUUGCAAAGUUUGAAGAAAUUAGUUCAAUAGACAUCUACGAAAAAAAGAAACGUAUGCGUAGAAUGAAAUAUUUAUCAAAUCGAAAAGUAGAGGACGUGCAAAAACCAGAACAUAAGAAAACUCAAGAUUGCUUGAAGAAUAUUAUAACUCCGGACAAAAUGAAAGCCGAGAUUUAUAAAGAGCUUACAAAUACGAGAGUAAAAUUAGACAACGAUACCACUGACGAUGAUAGUGAUUAUGAUGAAGAUGAACUGAAUGAAUAUCAUUCAAUAAUUAAGGAAUAUGGGACUACAAAUGAAAGAAAUGAAAAUGAAAAGAUAAACUUUCUCGCUGGUUUAAAUUUAGCUUCGCAGAAUGCUUAUAAAGAAAAAGAGUUCGAACGCAUGGAGAGGAUCUUAAGAAGUGAUUCUAUAGCCGCCGCCUACAUUUCUGCAGGAAGACUGGACCGAAUAUUUAACGAUGACAACCAACCUGCAGCUAAAUUAGCAAAAAAUUCAUUUCUAUUAUCAGAGACGCGUGUCAAUGUAAAUACAGAUGAAAACGAGAUGGCACAUCAACGGAAACAGAUAUUCCUUUCCCAUCUAAGCCUGAUGCAGGUCACUCAAAAGUACAAAGAAGGUUACGAAAAAGUCUGGCGGGAAAUAGUAAAAGAGAGGAAGCGUCGCUAUGGCGCAUCGGAAGUAGAUCAAAUUCUGAAACAACCAAAACUUCAAACAGAAACAACAGAUUUAGACCCAGAUGGUCAGUUAUUAUUGUUGACGGAAAUUAAGAAAUGCGUCAACGAAAACAAUAAUCUCAUAAAGAAAAGACUGGACUGCUGCUGUGAGGACGGAGACAGCAUACGAGUCCUGGCUGAGAAGAAUUUUUCAGAAUUAAAUCGUUUAUCAAAGAUGGCCGACAGAAGUGUCAAACACUUCAGUGGCCAGGACACGAGAAAGAGAGAUCUAAACCCUGGAUUUGAUAGCGAGAACAUCCAAAAACCAGCUCUGAAGUUAGAACAACCUUUCCAGAACUAUCCUAGUAUAAACAUACCAAAUAUAUCUAAAAUAAUAUCAUUGAAAAGCAUACAAGAUCCAACAACGGUGUUGUCCUCUCAAGCUACCUCAAUGGACGAGCCUCAGAACUCAGCAGCGGGUGUGAGAGAAAUGUUCAACGACGUCAUUUUGGAGAGAGUUCAAGACUUUGGCUGCCAGGUGGAAGAGACGAAAUCUUGGCCGGGAAUCGCAGCCGUCAUAAGCAGUUACAAAGAAUUUGAUACUGGGCGCAAGAAAGAAAUAGCUGAGCUGCACCGGCGUAAUACGGCCUUGCGCGUAGAGGCCGCACACAUCACACGCGCCGCCGCUCGAGACUCAGAACAAGCGCGCGCUCUGCUGGCGGAGAGACACAACCUCGCCGCAGAGGAAACGCGCAUCUCGCACACGUUGCGCAGACUAUACGCAGCUAUAGAAUUUGUUAAAAAGUGCUAA